AUGCUGGCGACAGCUGACAGGGAGCCCUUUGUCAACCGCCUGCACACCGCAAAGCAAAAGCAUCUGGCUGAGAUGGUUCAGAGCGGCGACAUUCCUCUCCGAAAAGGCAUGUCACCCCUUGUGCUUCGGGCAGAGGAGUUUGUGAAGGAGGCACUGGAGGCAGGGGCCAAGAUUGGCAUCAUAGCAGGCACAUGCUCCACCCCAGAGGAGCGCAUCGCCGAUGCCGCGCUGGCCGCACUUGGUCCCGGGACGGCCGAGCGGCUGAACGUGUACGUGCUGGGUGAGAGCAUGGUGACUAGUGAGGCCGAGGCGAGCGGCUCCGGCCAGGAGCUUUCCCUGGAGCGGCAGUUCGCCAAUGCGCAAGCCAAGGUGAAGGAGGAUGAGGCAUCAGCGUUCAUUCAGUCGCUGCAAGCGGACACAGAGGCGAGCGUGCCGCUGGGCAUAGAUCCUGCGCUGCUGCUGGCGGCCAAAAGAGGCAAGGGGGGCCUCUCAGUUGCCUUCCUUGCCGCCUGCCUGGCCACAAUGGACCUCCCUCUGAAGCGCUGCGCUGCCGUGGCAGCCAAUAACAGCGUCCUGCAGGCUGCGCAAUCGGCCGGCCUCCUGGCGGCGGCCGUGCCGUCGGCGCUGUCGGCGCGGGGCACGUUUGGCAACGCGGACGCGGUCUUUGACGGCUUUGGUCCCGGAGGAGGCGUGACCUGGCGGCGAUUGGAGGCGCUGCUGAGGAAAGCUAACGGGGAGCAGUGA